UAAAACAACCUUUUCGUGGUUUCCCUCACUCUCGCUUGUGCUCUCAGAUCUCACCUUACAGAGUCUUACACCAUAACCAUUCACAUCCAAAGCACAAUCAAUUAGCUUUUCUUUGGCUUAGCUCUCACUUCUUUUUCACCUCCCUCUCUCUCUCUCUCUCUCUCUCUCUCUCUCAAUUGUAAAAAUUCUUCCUCUCUGAAGCUGCAUUUCAGUCUCUUUCUUUUCUCAAGUUCCAUCCUGUAAUUUAACAUACUAAUAUCUUUCAUGUCCUUGAAAUCCCACUAAAAUUUCCCUCUCUGUGCAAAAAAUCCAUAUCUCUCUCUCCCUCCAUAACCAUUAACAAUGAGUACACAAGCACCCAAAUCGGCAAAAACCACAAAACCCCCUAACCAAAACCAGCCCACCUCAAGAUCGCCCUCUCUCUCCACUCACUUAGCCAUGGUAGAACUCAAGCAACGAAUCCUUAUCUCUCUCUCUAAGCUGGCCGACCGCGACACCCAUCAGAUCGCCCUCGAAGACCUUCAUUCUAUUACCCAAUCUAUCUCACCUGAAGCGCUCCCUUUGCUCCUCAACUCCCUCUAUGACUCCCUUUCUGACUCAUCCAACGCCAAACCAUCCGUCAAGAAAGAAUCUCUGCAUUUGCUCUCUCUGACUUGCCAAUCUCAUCGGGAUUUGACGUUGCCCCACUUGACGAAAAUCAUUGCCUACGUUGUUAAGAGACUGAAGGAUCCUGAUUCAAGUGUUAAGGAUGCGUGUAGAGAUGCUAUUGGGGUUUUGUCACGGUUGUAUUUAAAGAGUGGUAGUGGUGGAGAGGGAAGUGGAGAUGGUAAUGGAAUGGGAUCCAUGAUGGGAUUGUUUGUUAGGCCGCUGUUUGAGGCCAUGGGAGAGCAGAACAAAGGUGUUCAAUCAGGUGCUGCAAUGUGUAUGGCGAAAAUGGUGGAGUGCGCCGCUAUAGACGCGAAUGAUGCUGGCGGAAAUGCUGUUGAUGGAAAUGUCCCGACUGCGGCGUUCCAGAAGUUGUGUCCAAGGAUUUGUAAAUUGUUGAAUGGCCAAAAUUUCCUGGCGAAAGCUGCUUUAUUAGGGGUUGUGACGAGUUUGGCUCAGGUGGGAGCAAUUGCACAGCAAGGGUUGGAACCAUUGCUGGAAAGUAUUCAUGACUGCCUUGGGAGUACAGACUGGGCAACACGUAAGGCUGCAGCUGAUGCUCUAAGUGCGUUAGCAUUGCAUUCAAGCAGCUUAAUUGCGGAUGGAGCUGUUAAUUCCACAAUGACAGUGCUUGAGGCUUCCCAUUUUGACAAGAUAAAGCCUGUCAGAGAUAGUGUGACAGAGGCAUUGCAGUUAUGGAAGAAGAUUGCAGGAAAAGCAGAAGAUGGUGUUUUGGAUGAUCAAAAGGCUUCGUCUCGUGAUGGUCAACAUCCUGAACAAGCAGAGUUGUUAAAUAAGGAUUUAAAUCCCAGAGACCAGAAAACAGAAUCAUUGGCGAGGGAUUCAUCCAGUGGUUCUUCCCUGACUAUGGAUUCUGUUUCUAAAGGUGGAAGCAUUCCUGACAAAGUGGUUGUAAUACUGAAGAGGAAAGCACCUGCUUUGACAGACAAAAACUUAAACCCAGAAUUCUUCCAGAAACUUGAAAGAAGGGAGUCUGGUGAUCUGCCUGUAGAAGUUGUUGUUCCUCGUAGAUGUAUCAAUUCCUCAAAAUUGAACAAUGAGGAAGAACCAGAGCCAAAUGAUUCUGAAUCAAGGGGAAGGUCUAGCCGCAUUGGAAAUAGUCAAUCAGAUGACAUCCAUGGAUCUUUCAAUAAUAAGUACCAAAACCUUGAGAGAGAAAUUGCUGGGAAAGAUUCAAGAACUAGAGCAUUUGAUAAUGACAGGCUUGAUGUAAAUCAUGGGGAAUCAUCUGGUAGUCGUGCCGGUUUCUCUAAAUCUGAUGGCCAAUCUGAAGGAACCUUCAUGAAUAGCAAAGGAAAUUGGUUGGCUAUCCAGAGGCAGCUAUUGCAGUUGGAGAGACAACAAGCUCAUCUCAUGAAUAUGGUGCAGGAUUUUAUGGGUGGGUCUCACGAUAGCAUGGUAACUUUGGAAUAUAGAGUUAAGGGUCUUGAGAGAAUAGUUGAAGACAUGGCACGUGAUUUGUCAAUAUCAUCAGGCCGAAGGGGUAAUAAUUUUCCUAUGGGUUUUGAGGGAUCUUCUAAUAGACCUUUAGGAAAGUACAGUGGCUUCUCUGACUACUCCAGUGGCAAGUAUAAUGGACGUGUUCGUUUUGGGGAAAGAUUUACCCAAUCUGAUGUUACUGCUUCAGGCAUGAGAGGAAGGGGCCCUCAUUCGAGAUCUGAUGUGUCUGAUGAUUGGAAUAUUCCAACUUAUGGUGCUUCCAGAAAUGGGCACAUUAACUCGAGGAGAGCUCCUGGUAGCGGUUCUCUGGAUGUUAGAUCACCUAAAUCAGAACCUGAAAGUGAUCAGGUUGGCAGCCGGAGAGCCUGGGAUAAAGGUGCUGGGCCUGUUAGGCUUGGUGAGGGGCCUUCUGCUCGGAGCGUCUGGCAAGCCUCUAAGGAUGAAGCUACCUUAGAAGCCAUUCGGGUUGCUGGGGAGGACAAUGGAUUAUCUCGGACUGCAAGAGUAGCCAUCCCUGAAAUGACAGCAGAAGCCUUGGAAGAUGAUUGUGGUGGCAUGCAAGAGCGAGAUCCUAUUUGGACUUCUUGGAGUAAUGCAAUGGAUGCCUUUAAAAUGGGUGAUAUGGAUACAGCUUAUGCUGAAGUUGUAUCUACAGGAGAUGAUUUCCUGCUUGUGAAGCUUAUGGACAGAUCAGGUCCUGUGAUUGACCAACUUUCAAAUGAGACAGCACGUGAGGUCUUGCAUGCUAUUACACAGUUUCUACUGGAGCACAACUUGUUUGACAUCUGUUUGUCUUGGAUUCAGCAGUUGGUAGAAAUAGUGUUGGAAAAUGGACCUGAUACCCUGGGCAUUCCCAAGGAAUUGAAGAAGGAGCUUCUACUGAAUUUACAUGAAGCUUCUACAGAAAUUGAUCCACCAGAAGAUUGGGAAGGGGUAACACCUGAUCAACUCUUGAUGCAGUUGGCAUCAGCCUGGCGAAUUGAACUGCAACAGUUUGACAGAAUGUCCCUGUUACGACUCACAAGAUGCCGCUAUUCACAAGAUGCAUCUUGCAUCCCUAAUGUUGGCCAAAACUGUGCUGCUGCACCAACCACCUUGAGAAUUGCACUCUUCUGUAAUAUUAGGAAAUGAUUCGAGUGGCAAAAUCCUCUCAAGAAUGGCAUUGUAACCUUUGUAUGGAAAUGGAGACACUAUAGAAGUACUCCAUUCUCAAGGUUAUGAGAAACAUCACUACAGGAUUUCAAUAAAAAUUGAGCCCCAAUUGCAGCUACGAAAUCACGAUCUUACUUGGCAGCAGAGUACAAGUUUUGAGCACACUUUGCAUCAACAGAUAGGUCAACUUUACGAAUGUUCUUUCCAUCAAAGUGUUUGGACGUGCACUCAACUAGUAACUACAAUGGCCUUGGCAGGCUCAGCAGACUCUAUUGGUCCUUCCAAGAAUACUUCAUCAUAAAUCUGCUUUUCAAAUGAAGUUAAUUUCCAGAGAAAUUGUUGAAAGCUACUAAGAUAACUUUUACGUAACAUUCAAUUCAUUAUUGGUUGAAAAUGCAUGUAAUUAUGUACAGGUCUACAAAGUCAUGUGGGAGCAGUAUCUAUAGUCUGUUUAAUUAUAAUAUACGAAGGAACAUGUACAUUUAGUCCACAAAGUUAGGAUCUUCUGACGGUGGACUAUUUGAGAUGAAAGGCAAGUGGGUCUGUGAAAGCAGCAGGAGCACAGCAGAGCCCUGUGGCUGUGGCCAUUAGAAAAAAGAAAGCAUAAUGGAGGAGAAACAAGCUAAAACCCCUUUAUGGUUUUCUCUGAAAAUUGAAUCUCACACUGCAGACGAUCUUUUUUUUUCCGCUGAAAUAAGGAGAGGGUGGGUAACUCCAACUUGUCACUUGUGUACCUGUCCGUUGUCCAAGGACAUAUGUUGGCAAAAUUAUAAUCUGCAUCAGUGGUGUGUACGACUCUUGAUUAUGGUGGUUUCAUCUAAGUCCCACUAUAAUCAAUACUCAUAGUAAGUUUGUUGAAUAUGUUGUAUAUGCAAUGAAUAAAAUUAAAUAAUUUUGAA